AGUGAUGAUUAAAAGACAAAGUUUCCUGAAAGUUGUAGUCGGAAUCAUUCUGACAUGCCAUGAAAGAGCUAUGAUUGAUUAUCUUUUUCCUUUAAAAUGACCAUUCUCUGACCACAAAGUGAAUUGUGUUAUUACCCAUUUUUCAUUCUAGUUAUUCUUGAUUAAUUUCUUCAAUGGCUAAUCAAAACAACAUCCCUCUCUACCAAAAGAUUUGGAUUAAACACACCUUUUCAAGAAUAGUGGAUUCCCUCAUCUUGCUCCUCCUUCUCACCCUUCUCACUUACCGAGUCUCCUACCAUCACCACUAUUCUUUCCCAUGCUUUCUUGCAUUCCUAUGCGAAUCAUGGUUCACAGUCACUUGGAUCACCACCAUUACCACCAAAUGGACUCCUGCAAAAACCACAACCUUCCUAGACCGUCUCUUCCUUAGGAUACGUGAGCUUCCACAAGUGGACGUGUUUGUGACAACUGCAGACCCUGUGCUUGAACCACCCAUCAUCACAAUCAACACUGUGUUGUCUCUUUUGGCCCUUGAUUACCCUGCUAACAAGCUAGCUUGCUAUGUUUCUGAUGAUGGGUGUUCCCCUCUUACCUUCUAUGCCCUUGUGGAAGCCACUAAAUUUGCCAAACUUUGGGUGCCUUUCUGUAAGAAGUAUAAUGUACAAGUUAGAGCACCCUUUAGAUACUUUUCUGAGGAAGCCAGGGCCAACAACAGUAACUUGCCACAAUUUCAAAAGGAACGGUUAAAAAUGAAGAAAGAGUAUGGACAACUAAGCCGUAAAAUUCAGAUUGCUUCCCAAAAUUUGAAUCCGUUUCCACUCGUUGGAGAAUAUUCUGUCUUCUCAAAAACACAGCUGAGAGAUCACCCAACCAUAAUUAAGGUAAUAUGUGAGAACAAAGAAGGUCAUACAGAUGGAGUACCCCACUUAAUCUAUAUAUCUCGAGAAAAAAGGCCACAAGAACCACAUCAUUACAAAGCUGGUGCCAUGAACGUGUUGACUAGAGUUUCCGGGUUGAUGACAAAUGCUCCCUUUAUUCUAAACGUGGAUUGUGACAUGUAUGUGAACAAUCCCAAGAUUGCACAACACGCCUUGUGCAUUUUGUUGGAUUCAAAGGGAGAAAAAGAGGUUGCAUUUGUUCAGUGUCCCCAACGAUUCUAUGAUGCAGUAAAGGAUGAUGCUUAUGGAAAUCAGCUGGUCGCUUUGCCUAUGUACAUAGGAGGUGGAUUUGCAGGACUUCAAGGGAUUAUAUACGCAGGAACAAAUUGCUUUCACAGAAGAAAAGUUAUUUAUGGUCUUUCUCCCAAUCAUGACAUUCAAAAGGCAAAGAAGGAUUUUGGUUUCAUGGAUGGAACAUUGUCAGAAAAGAAAACAACACAAAUAUUUGGAGCUUCGAAAGGGUUUAUUAAAUCAGUUGAUCAUGCUUUAGAAGAGACGACAUUUACUCCCAAUGAAAACCUUUUCAAAUCUCUUGAUGUUGAGGCAGCAAGCAAAGUUGCUAGUUGUGAUUAUGAAUGCAGCACAGCUUGGGGUAAACAGGUGGGAUGGUUAUAUGGAUCAACAUCAGAGGAUGUUCUUACUGGGCUGGAAAUGCAUACAAAAGGUUGGAGAUCUGAAGUUUGUUCACCAGAUCCAAUGGCCUUCAUGGGCUGCUCUCCUCAAGAUAACCUGGGCCAAAUGGCCCAACACAAGAGAUGGUCCUCAGGGCUGUUUGAUAUAUUCCUUAGCAGUCACUGUCCAAUUUUUGGCACUCUAUUUGGAAAACUACAAUUCAGAGAAUGCUUGGCGUAUAUUUGGCUCACUAAUUGGGCCUUACGAUCUGUCCCUGAAAUAUGUUAUGCCCUUCUCCCUGCCUACUGCAUCUUUACCAAUUCCAGCUUCUUGCCCAAUAAGGAACCUGGCAUGUGGAUCCCUACAACUCUGUUUGUGGCCUACAACGUAGGUACUUUAUCAGAGCACUUGAUAUCAGGGUUGUCAGCUAGAACAUGGUGGAACAACCAAAGGAUGGGAAGAAUAACAACCAUGACUUCAUGCUUUUUUGGAUUUUUGGAUAUCCUACUUAAGCGCUUGAGGAUAUCCGACACCGUAUUUGAAAUUACAAAGAAAGAUCAACCAUCUUUUGGUGAUGAAAAUGUGGGCAGAUUCAUUUUCAACGGGUCUCCGAUUUUCGUACCUGGCACAACCAUCUUGUUCAUUCAACUCAUGGCACUAGUUACCAGCUGGUGGGGGUGGCAGAAUAAGAAUGAGCGUGCAUAUGGGCUUGGUGAGGUGUUUUGCAGUGCGUAUGUGGUUCUGUGCUACUUGCCAUUCUUGAAAGGACUGUUUGCGAGAGGAAAGUAUGGAAUUCCCUUAUGCACAAUAUUGAAGGCAGCACUGUUGGCAUUCCUAUUCGGUCACGUGUGUAUUAGUAUCGUUACCUAUUGAUCUGUCAACUGGUCCUGCUCAACGUGUUCUAAUUACUCAGUUUCUUUGAAUUAUGUUCACAUUGUAAAAGAACAAGCUAUUGAAUUCUGAAAGAACGUUGAAUGACAUCGA